AUGACGAACGAACAUCCGGACAUUCCUGUGAUCGAUGCACACAUACAUCUCUUCCCUGAGUCUGAAAUCGAUUCAAUAUCUUGGUUGGAACCUGGCCAUCCACUUGACGGACAACACUCCGUGGAGGACUUCCGAAACGCCAGCAAAUCCUCACCAUCAGUCUCAGGCUUUAUUGUCAUCGAAAACGACCGCAAAUACGAUCUCCAUGCCGGCGAGGAGGGAUGGGAAGGGCCGUUAAAGGAGAUUUCAUGGUAUCGGCGCCUGGCACUAGGCGAGCCAAAAGCCGGUGAAGGUCACGUUGUCGAGGAUUCACAGCUUGUGCUGGGUCUUGUUCCUUGGGCACCACUUCCAAGUGGCCCUGUCGCGCUGGAGACGUACCUCGAUAGAGCCAAGCAAGCUGCAGGCCUCGCUUGGCCCAAGGUCAAAGGAUUUCGCUAUCUUUUGCAAGAUAAAGCCCCUGGCACGGCGCUGAGGCAGGACUUUAUUGAAAGCCUGAAACUGCUGGGGCGACGGCGGUUUAUCUUCGAGCUUUGUGUUGACUACCACCAUAAAGGGAACAGUCAGCUCGAUGAUACUGUUGAGCUAAUUAAGCGGGCUCACGCAAAUUUCGCUCGUCACAACGAUCAGGUCAUAGUUGUGCUUAACCAUAUGCUCAAGCCCAACUUGACAAACACGUUCGAUGAAUCGGACGACGAGUUCCAAGUUUGGGCGGCUGCUGUUACUGCACUUGGCAAGUUUCCACGUGUAUACAUGAAGCUUUCUGGUGCUUUAUCCGAAAUGUCAGAGCCUACAAGACUCCUCGAACCGCCCGCCGUUGCCGAGUUUCUGCUUCCAUGGUUUCAGGUCAUCAUUCAAGCAUUUGGUUCACAAAGAAUUAUAUUUGCAAGCGAUUGGCCUGUUUGCACCAUUGGAGUUGGGAACGGUUGGGCACAUUGGAAGAGCAUAGUGGAAGCGAUGUGCGCCAGAAUUGAUCUGGAUGCCAGCGAUAGUAAAGCGAUUUUUGCCGGAACCGCCAAAGAGUGUUACAAUUUGUAA